UUUAGAUAGGGUUUGGGGGCGGGUAAAUUGGGUGUUGUAUUUGUCCGUAAGCAUUUACCUGUGUUACUCGCGGACAAGUGAACAAGGUGUGAGGGGGCCGGCGUUUUUUAUUUCUUGUGUGGAUUGGAAGCGGUCGCAGAGUCCCAGGCUCCAGAGAAGGAGAUUGUUUCACUGGUAAUUCAGAUACCUAAGGAUCAGUGUGAUCAUCUUUCCUCAACAUGGGUGGUCUUGGAUGGAAAAGCAGAUCAAAUGUCACAUUUGUUCUCGGUAUCAUCUUCGCCCUGUCUUGUCCAAUUACCCAAGCAGCUAGAAUAUUGGUCGUGCCUGUUGAUGGAAGUCACUGGAUCAACAUGAAAAUUCUAAUGGAAGAGCUGAUCCCUCGCGGCCACAACAUCACUGUGCUUUGUUUCUCCACAGCCUGGUUCAUCAAAGAGAGACCCGAUCUGUAUCAAACCAUCAUAGUUCAAGCACAAGAUAAUUUUGUAGCUCCUGUAAGGAAAGAAAUGAUGGAGAAAUUUGUGCUAAUGUCACUGGACAGGUUACAGAAUGGUCACUCACUAUGGGGCAACAUAAUGUUACAAAAUGUAAUGGUUACGAUUAUGUACAAUUUCCAUAGUCUUUAUCAAAAUUUCAACAUGGCGAUCUUUGAAAACAAAACCUUGUUGAAUCAACUUGAAAAUGCAAACUUUGACCUAAUACUCACAGAUCCUAUAUUUGCUACUGGGCCAAUGCUUGCAUAUUAUUUAAAAGUGCCGCUGGUGUACAACAUACGAUGGCAGAUCAAUGGGGAAGCCCAUUUUCUCACUGCCCCGUCACCACUUUCCUACGUCCCACUUCCUGGCUCACUUCUCACAGACAAAAUGGAUUUUCUCCAAAGAACAGAAAAUGUCAUUCACAGUGUAAUUCAACACUUGAUUUCUGAAUUUAUGAUGUAUCCACUUUAUAAUGAAUUCUGCCAUCGGUAUCUGGGACCAGACACGGACAUCAAGUCGAUUCUCCUCAGAGCUGAUGUGUGGCUGAUGAGGGUGGAUUUUGUGUUUGAAUUCCCAAGACCCACCAUGCCAAACAUUGUGUACAUCGGAGGCUUCCAGUGUAAACCAGCACGGCCUCUGGCAGCAGAGUUUGAGGAGUUUGCCCAAAGCUCAGGGAAACAUGGACUUGUUGUAAUGUCAUUGGGUUCCAUUGUCGACUCUUUACCAAUGGAGAUUACAAUGAAAAUAGUAGAAGCUUUAUCUCAAAUCCCCCAGAAGGUUAUCUGGAGAUAUGAUGGUGAGACCCCUCCCAAUAUAGGGAAUAAUACACUGCUGGCAAAAUGGAUCCCUCAGAACGACCUGCUGGGUCACCCCAACACACGGGCCUUUGUUUCACACGGAGGCACCAAUGGGAUUUAUGAAGCCAUCUACCAUGGGGUGCCAGUGAUCGGCAUGCCUCUGCUUUUUGACCAGUUUGACAAUCUACUAAAGCUUGAAUCCCGAGGAGCAGCAAAAGUGAUCAACAUUGCAACCAUGCACUCCACAGAUCUGUUGCAGACACUCAACGAGGUGAUAAACGGCGCAUCUUAUGGGGACAACAUGAAGAGACUCUCCGCUCUCCAUCGGGACCAGCCAGAGUCGCCAAUGGAGAGAGCCGUUUUCUGGGUUGAGUACGUUGCCCGACACAAAGGGGCAGGGCAUUUGCGCUCAGAAUCCCACCAACUCCCCUGGUACGCUUACUAUUGUGUAGAUGUGAUGAUCUUUCUGAUGUCUGUGUUACUCCUGCUCACUGUGUUGGUGGUUGGAACACUGAAGAAACUUUGUCUUAUUGCACUGAAGAAAAAGCAAAAAAUUCAUUAAGGUUUAUCCUUUAGAAUUGGGAGAAUGUCUUUUAAUUUUUUGCAAUUACAUUUUAGUAAACAAUUUUUAAUCAUAGUUUCUCCAACACCCCACCUAACAUUUCUCUCGAAACCCAUUCCCAAUACAGCUAAUGUGAAUCUUAAUAAUGUCUAUUCAGAAAUUGUAACAGAUAUUUACUGAAUGUAGUUUCCACUGUCAACCAUCUGUACAUGAAUUAAAUGUGACAAAAUUGACAUGUUUUUGAAAUAGUCUUCAAACAAAACCUAAAAAACAGUUCACACGUGUCAAGAACCUGUUUUGAUAAUUGUUGUUCCCAAUUCCCACAAUCAUACUGUCUAUUGGUACACAUGUUCACCACAUUGUUUCUCAGUUUCAAUAUGUUUGUUUUCUCCAUCAUUGGAGUUGCCUUCCAUGUCUUGUCAUGUUGAAAAAUUGCCUCUUUCAUGAACUUUGUUCUGCACAUUUUCCCAACUAUGACUGAUGCCUGAUGACAGCUGAACCAGUGGGAGAGUCGAGGACCAGAGGCCACAGCCUCAGAAGAAAAGUCCAUACCUUUAGAAAGGAGAUGAGGAGGAAUUUCUUUAGAGAGACGGGGUUGAAUCUGUGGAAUUCAUUGUCACAGAUGGCUGUGGAGGCCAAGUCAAUAGGUAUUUUUUAUGGACGUCAGGGGUUAUGGGGGGAAGGUAGGAGAAUGGGGUUGAGAGGGAAGCAAAUUGAUUGAAUGGCGUGAACUUGAAGAAUGGCCUAAUUCUGCUCCUACAACUUAUGAACUUAUGAAGACUCACUUGGGAAUAUCCUGCUGAUCGUUCAUGAAUGUUGGAUCUAACAACUAGAACUUAUUUCUGAACAGCAUUGGCAGAAGCAAGUACAAGGGACUGAUCUCGGAUCAGUGUUAAGGGAGAUUGAGAAAUAAAUGAGGAGCUAAAUGUUAGCACUGCUGGCAGGAGAUUUGACUGAAGAUGUUGCAGGAACAUAUGAGCCUGAAAUAUUAAUAAUUCAGGCUCAUAUGUUCCUGCAACAUCAUCAGUUUCCCAUUUACUCAUUAAUAAAUGGGAUUCCAGUUGAUGUGAAGGCCAGGCCAAAUAUUGUUUGUAAGGAAGAUAGACACAAAAAAAGCUUGUGUAACUUAGCGGGUCAGGCAACAUAUAUGGAGACAAGGAAUAUGUGACAUUUAGGGUCGAUAGAUGUCUUCAGUCUGAAGAAGGGUCUUGUCCCGAAACGUCACCUGUUCGCUCUCAACUGAGAUGCUGCCUGUCCCGCUGAGUUACUCCAGCUUUUUGUGUCUAUCUUCUGAUUGGGAGUCAGCGGAGAGGGUACCGAGAAAGAUAUGAAAAGGUACAUAGAACGAAUGAAUGAGCGAUAUGCAAAAAGACAGAUCAGAGUCAGAAACAACAAUCAAGGAAAGAUUGCGCCCACAAUGGUCCAUUGUUGGCUGUGGGGAAUGUGAUAAUUAAUAAUGCAAACAGUGAAACUCAGCAGGACGACAGUGAAACUAGUACAAAAACUAGGGUAGGACAGGGACAGAGGGAGGGGAUGAAAGGGUUACUUGAAGUUAAAGAAAUCAAUAUUCAUACUGCUGGGUUGUCAGCUGCCCAAGCAACAUAUGACGUUUCCUACUGCUGUGUACAUCUUUUAAAAAUGAAUUGUCAGUCACCCACUGAAGAUGCAACAGCUGUCCCCAUACCACCUCCCUCGGCUUUGUCCAGGGACCCCGACAGUCCUUUCAGGCUAGACAGUGGUCACUUGCACCUUCUCCAACCUUAUCUACUGUAUCCGUUGUUCAAGAUGUGGACUCUUAUAAAUCGGCGAGACCAAGCGCAAAUCAUUACGCGGAACACCUUCGCUCAGUGCACCUGAAACUACACGAUCUCCCCGUUACUAAACACUUUAAUUCUGCUAUCCAUUCCCACACAGACAUUUUGGUCCUCGUUCUCCUCCAUUGUCAGAGUGAGGCUAAACACAAAUUGGAGGAACAGCAUCUUAUAUUUCACUUGGGCAGCUUACAGCCCAGUGGUAUGAAUAUUGAAUUCUCUAACUUCAAGUAACCCCAGCAUUUCCUUUCUAUCCCUCCCCCACCCAAGUCGCACUAGCUUCUCAUUUUCACUCAACAAAUGGCGAACUAUUCCUGUUUCCUAUAUGAUUGUUAAUUUUUUGCAUAUUUUUCAUUUAUUGUUCUUUAUAUCUCUACAACAUCAUCUAUAUCUCUCAUUUCUCUUGUCCCAAACCAGUCUGAAGAAGGGUCUCAACCCGAAACAUCACCCAUUCCUUCUCUCCAGAGAUGCUGUCUGGCUUGCUGGGUUACGCCAGCAUUUUGUGUCUUGAUCCCGAUCAUAGAGUUUAGUUUAGAGAUUCAACACGGAAACAGGCUCUUUCUCCCACCAAGUCCGUGCUGACCAGCGAUCCCCGCACAUUAACACUGUCCUACACACACAUUAGGGACAAUUUACAUUUAUACCAAGCCAAAGAGUGUUUUAGUUUGAAAAUGCUUGGUAAAAGUGUGUGUUUGGUUUGAAAAUG